GGCCCAUGCAGAGGGGUGAAGCCACUGCUUAGGUUGGAUCAGACCACUUUGCUCUGAUUGUCCUCUAACUACUACUGAGCAAUUACCCACUUAGCUAAGUUAGGCCUGAUAUCUUCUGUGGUUUGAUAUCUCAGCUGAAUGUUCAUAACAUUAACGCACUCUGUCGUGGUAGAUACCCGUUUGGUUCAAGGUUCAUUAAGACCUAAGCAAUAACACUGUGACAACUAUUUUAACGAAGAAAACAAAAUUCUCGUCGAGCCUAUGCGAGUGUUUCUAGACGGUUACAUGAUCGGCUAGAAAUAACAGUUAAAUCUUCAAAUCACAUCCUACCAUCGUAAAAGAGAAGAUCAGUUCAGAUGCGACUAUACAGUCUCAAUAAACGGCAGUUUGUUUUGGUCUUUGCCACUUUCUUUCUUUUCUUUGGAGUCAGUGUCCUUAUAGGUGUAGCAGGUCCACCCAUUAUUGAAACAGUCUCCCAAAAUGCUUCUUCACUGCGUCAGGUAACCCCAGAUUUAAAGACUGGGCCUUUUCAUUUGAAAUCACCACCCAUGUCAACAUUUCAUCAACAGUUAUGGUUAAUUGGUAGUAUUGAUGCUGACAAUGCUGGAAUGGCCAAGUUUGAACAAGAGUUCACAGUCAGUGUUCAGAUCAGGGCUAUUCAAAAAAAUGAAAAACUCAAAGAAUUGUUUGACAAUCCAAAUCUGACAGGAGAGAUCCACAACCACACAAGAAACCUACGAUGUGCUCAUAAAUGUGAUGACCUAAUUUUGAUGCACUUGGGAUUUUUGGAUUAUUCCAAUUAUAUUAUCACUGUCCGUUUCUUUGGAUUAGAAAACCUCAAAUACAAAUUUGAAAAUAUUGAUUUUCAUUUUAAAAGUUACAACGUCAACUUCACUCAGCUUGAAAUAUGGCUAAGAUUUGUAUUCUUAGUGUUCACAUUUAUCACAGCAUGCCUCUUUGCUCAUUCCCUGAGGAAAUUUUCCAUAAAAGAUUGGUCAAUAGAACAACGUUGGAUAGCAGUCUUACUUCCUUUACUCUUGCUCUACAAUGACCCUAUUUUUCCAUUAACAUUCCUAGUGAAUAGUUGGUUACCUGGCAUGUUGGAUGGAAUAUUCCAGGCUACAUUCCUCUGUGCAUUAUUACUUUCUUGGUUGUGUCUUUACCAUGGCAUUCGACAAACAGAUCGACGGUUCUCAAAAUUCUAUUUACCAAAAUUAAUAGUUGUUGGUUUGUUAUGGAUAGCUGCUGUGACACUGGCAUCAUGGGAACAGUAUAAUGAAUUGAGAGAUCCAACAUUUUAUUAUCGUUUGGAUCACUCUAAUUUUAUGGGUAUCAAGGUUUGCUUCUUCAUUGUAGGUGGAAUUUAUCUCGUCUAUCUCAGUUAUUUGUUAAUUCAAGCAUUUGCUGAAUUACAGACGAUGCCUUACUUUGAUAUUAGGCUGAAAUUCCUGACUGUUUUUAUGUUAAUAAUUCUGGUGGUUUCUGUGGCAAUUACAUUCUUACGCUUUGGAGGAUCCAUGUUGCAAGACAACUUUGUAUCUGAGCUGACAACUCGUUACCAGAAUUCUGUUGAGUUUGUCUCUUUUUAUGGUCUACUCAACUUUUACCUUUACACAAUGGCCUUUGUGUAUUCCCCUUCGAAAAAUGCUAUUUAUGAAACCCAUUUCAAGGACAAUCCAGCUCUUUCUAUGUUGAAUGAUUCUGAUGAAGAAGUGCAUUAUGGUUCUGACCAAGAAGAGGUUUCCUUGACAAGUCGGCAGAGACAAAUGAAUCGUUAUGACACCGAUGAUGAUACAUUCCACUAGAAUCUCCAGUUUCUUCACAAUUAUAACAUAACAAUGCUUAUUCAUGUUGUUUACAAUAAUAUUGGUUUUUAAAUUCUGUUUAUUUUUGCAAAAGAAGAGUUGGUAAAGUUUCUUCUUAUUUUAUAUGCAAGACUGUUUCUAAAGAAAUAUAAAAAUUCAGUUGGCAAUAGUGAAAGAGAUGAACUACUUAAUGCAUUUCAAAUAUUUUUCUCUUGUAAAAUAUUUCUCAAAAAAGCAAUCUACAUUUAAGUUUUGAAGGACAUUUUAUGUAUAUAUUGGGGUGUAUAUAUUUCCUUUGUAACAGUAUUUCAUAUCUAUUUUAUUUAACUCCUACAAACACUGUAGGAUUCACUCUAAUGUUGAAUAUAUUUUAAUUGAAUUUAUUGUUUGGAACUUUUUUUUUUAUUUUACCUUGUUAAUCUCUAAGCUAUCAUGUUUGUCUUCAUGUAGAGUGGGAGAAAUUAUCUUCAUAGUUGUUAUGACAUUGUGAUAAAGAUGGUGAUUAUUAAAGCUAUUUGCAUUUAUUACCAAAACCCAUUGCAUUUGGAGAGAUGAGCAGACAUUUGUUUUAGAUAUACAGGGAACAUUCUGGACACUUUAAUUAUUUGUAAAUAAUAUUUUUGGUGGAGGAAGCCUUUAGAACAAACAUUAUUUUAUUCUACUAGAUUAUUAAUACAUUUUGUUUCCCUAAGUCAUUAAGGUAUUAACAUUAUUUUAUUCGAGUGGAUUAUUCAUUCAUUCAUUUUAUUUUCCUCACUGUAAGACAUUAAGACAUUAAUUCUGAAACCAACAAGUUUUCAGUUUUGUAAUAUAACUUUGAUAUUCAAUGUUACAGUAAAUCUGGAAUGUUUGGUAUUACUGUAGCUGUUAAUGAAACAAGGAAUUAUUUUACUCCAUUCUGUUUUGUAAUUACUACAACCCUGAACAGGACAGUUAUUUUCAAUGGUAGGGGUUAAACAUUUAGUCCUUUAUUUUCAAUAGAAAGUCAAAGUGGGAUUGAUCUGUAUAGCACAUUCAUUUUAAGAGAGAGUUUAUGUUACUCCCAGUUAACAUAAAUAUGAAACAUGUAGUGCAUUUAAUGUUUUAUAAUCUGUGUUGACAGAUUGUUAGUGAAAACUACAAUCACAAAUUUAGUAUUCAUUUUUCAUAUCAAGCAUCUUUGAUUGGGCAGUAUUUUCUCUUAAAUGGUGAAAACAAUUUUAGUUAUCUUCAGAAAUUUGAUUUUUUUUGUUUUUAAUAAUCAAAUAAUAUUGCUAACACAAAAAUGGAAAAAAGUGAAGCAAAAUGUAAACAGGUUUUCAUAACAUUCCCUUCUGUAUUUAUUUUCAAAAUUUUUCACUUGUAAAAUAAUCAUAGAUCUCAGUGUUAAUGUUAUGAGGAAAGUGAAAGGUAAAUAUUCUUUGAACAAAUGUUGGGAGCCAUUUUUAUAAUGUACUUACAGCAUACAUUUUAACUAAGUGAAGCUGUAAAGUUUCAAAGAGAAACUAGUUACCUGUUUACAAAUUUAUACCUUGAAGGUGCUGAUGACAUCACUAAGGAAAGAUAUUUGCUACUUUUUUUUUGCAGUUAGCAUUGAAGAUUGAUGUAUCUUUUUUUAAUAAACAAGUGAUGAAAAUUGCAGUAGUCACCACACAGCAAAAGUAAAAGAUAUUUGAUUUUCAUUAAAAAAUAUAUAUAUAUUGUAAGUUACUUUGUGAUAUUGUUGGUACUGGUACCAUGUAAAAAGCACUCAGUUCUCUCUGUAAAGUGGUUGGUGUUAGGAAGGACAUACAGCUGUAGAAACCAAGCCAAGACAGACAAUGGAGCCUGAUGCAGCCUUGGCUUUUAUUAACUCCUGUCAUCAACCCAUGCCAUCAUAAAAUAUGAACAAAAUGAUGAUAUAUAUAUAUAUAUUUUUUGAGAAUUACUGUGA